AUGAUUCUUCCUCAAAUCCUGCCUCAGCUUUCCAGCCUGGCAGAACCAGAAGCCCCCUCCUGCAUCCAAAAAGAGCUUUCUCGACGCUCCCCUGGGGAGGAGGGAGCCGCCGCCGAGCCCGAGGAUCCUCCUGUGCAGUGGGUGCCUGGCGUCCUCGCCGCAGCCCGCGCGGCGACUGGCGGCCAGCCCGGCCCGCGGAGCGCCGGCGGCGCAGGCUCGGGGCCCACGGGGAGCUGGCGGACGCCGCGCCCGCCUCUCCGGGGACGCGGCGCGGGGCGCGGGGACGCGCGGACGCCACACUCAGCGGCCGCCCCCGGCCUCUGCGCCGCCGGCCUCCCGGGAGCAGCUCCAACAAGCGCGGGCCCCGACCGCCGCGGUUGUCAUGGCAGCAGCUCCAUCACUGACCGCAGCUCUCCGCUGGGCCGGCGCAGAGCGAGCUGGCGGACCGCGCGCCACGCGGCGGGCGCUGGGCGCGGGCGCACACCGUAA